AUGACAGAAAGUCAUUACAAAGAAUUACAAGAAACGCUUGAAAAUGAACGUGAAAUGUUAAUACAGGCAAAUCCUCAUUUUAGCACAAGAACCAAUGCAAUAAAUAAUCUUGUUAUGGACCCAAAUAUUUAUACAAUGCUAUCUAGUUGGUAUGCUACUGCUACAAAAAGUUUGCCCACAUUCACAAGUAAUCAAAAUGUUGAAAAUGAAAGUAAAGGUGU